AUGACCCUUAACUGGUCCCCGCUUAUAGGCCCCGCAUUCAGUUACACCUUGGGUCGGACUCGGGGCCAAGUCCGCCGUUCCCGGUCUCAGGCCGUCAUGCGCUCGGUGACAGGGGCCGCCGGCGCCGGGGCCCCCACGUCGAGCGAUCCCCGCUUGUGGCCUCGCGCCGCUGUCUCACAGACCGCCAGGAGUGUGUUGGGCAUCGGGUGCUUGCCGGUGCCCACUGCGCGGUGCUCGCAUUUUGGGCAAAUGCCCUCGGCCGGGAAGCCGGAGGAUCGUGUGGUCCUCGGCCCUUGGAGCCUGGUGGCCGCCGAUCGACGGCCCAACCGGAGCCACCGGCCCGGGCCGUGCGGGGCCGACAUUUCGACGAGCACCCCGGCGGCGAUGCACGGCCAGGAGUGCCCGGACGCUCGCACCGUGGACAUCGACUUCCGCGCGGAGACUGCCCCUGUGCAGUGGUCCGCCGCCGAGGCCAGGCACGGCCCCAUCGCCGGGUGGCCCCGGCAUGAAGAGCUCCGAGCAUGGAUCGGGAUGCGACUGCCGAUUGACCGGAGCCUGACGUCCCUCGGGCGUCGUGUGGCCCCGAAGCACGCGGCACCCCCUCCCCCGCCGCCGCUGGACCUCGAAUUCGGACCGGGACCGGCGAUCCGCCCACUCCACGGCGCCUGGAGCGCCAUCACCGUUGCCAUUCCCGCUCUCGCCGUGACACAUGCCCGGGGGACUUGGCACUCGGUCAUGCACCCGACCGCCCGGAGUACAGCGGAUCCCCGGCAGGCCGGCACCGGGCAUGCCCAGUGGUGUCCCCAUGUCCCGCGGCAUGCGGGUCUCUCGCGGGCCCUGGUGCUGGCCUGCCGGGGACCCGCUGGACUCCGGGCGUCCGGCUCGGCGGCCCGAGGGCCGGCCGAUGCGCCGCUUCUUUCGGCCCGCCUUCCCGGCGUGUCGGCCACUCGAUCCGCACGGGAAUGUGACCCGACGCACAGGCGGCGCGAGUGCGUGCUCGGCACCGAGCGUGGGCCAUUUCCCGGGCAUCCUCGCCCGCUGGGCGCCAACCACCGGCAUCCGGCGGCCGUGGCGUGCUCGUUCGGGCGUCUGUUUCUCGGCCGUCGGGUUGCCGGUGGCGGAGACCACAGCGGGGUGUCAUAUUGA